UCUUCUUCCUCUUUCUUAAACAAAUCUAACAAAUCAAAAAAGAUGGCAAAAGCAGAAUUCAUGUCCCCCAAAGCCAUUGGCAAUCGUAUGAAGUCCAAAGGUCUUCAAAAGUUACGAUUCUAUUGUCAAGCUUGUGAGCGUCAAUGUAGAGACGAAAACGGUUUUAAAUGUCACAUCAUGUCUGAAUCCCAUCAACGUCAAAUGCUUCUGGUUGCUGCCAAUCCAGGCCGCUACGUUCACAACUUUUCUGACGAUUUUAAAAAGGAAUUUCUCAAUUUACUCUCACGUAGACAUGGCACAAAACGUGUGUUUGCCAACAAAGUGUAUCAAGAAUAUAUUGCUCACAAGGAACAUAUCCAUAUGAAUGCAACACGUUGGAACUCACUGAGUGAAUUUUGUAAACAAAUGGGUAGAGACGGCAUUCUUCGGGUUGACGAAACAGAAAGAGGUUUACAUAUCGCUUGGGUUGAUAAUAGUCCCAAAGCCUUGGCCAGACAAGCUGCCAUUCAGAAAAUGGAUAGAACUAAGAAAGACGACGAAGAACGAGAAUUACAAAUGUUAAAGGAGCAAAUCGAAAAGGCCUCCAAAACAGCAGAGGAACGAGGAAUUGUCGAACAACAAACAACCGAGUUAAAAAGAGACGGCGAACAGCCCAUCAAGCUUAAUUUGACCAUGAAGCCUAUUGCUGUUGCAGCUGAAGCUCCCAAAUCUACGGGUGCCAAGAUGAUGUUGGGCGGUAUGAAGAAACGAUCAGGGUUAUCAGCUUUAGCAAAGAAAUCUACUCCUUCGACUUCCGCUCCCUCCGCCCCCAAGUUUGGCGGCAUGAUGACCAUGAAACGUAAAGCAUCACCCACUGAACAAGAGACCGCUGAAUCGAAGAAAUUGAAGGAAAUGACCACUUAAAUCUAUUUUAAUUUAUAAUAAAUACCCACUUUUUGCCCUGAUUAGACACUACUAUUACUACUACUAAUACAAUCAUAUACAAACUAACUAUGCGAUUGCCUUCCUAAUGUAUAAUAAAAUUUGAAAUGG